AUGUUUUAGAUUCCAUGCCUUCCUGGCCAUGAUAAUGUAGAUUUUUUUUGUGUUGAUGAAAAUUGCAAGGAUAACAGAUGUUAUUGUUUUAAUCAAUGUAUUAAGAAUGAUAAACAGCAUAAUCAUGAUUCUAAAUAUCUGUUUAAAAUAGACUAAUUACCUAAUUAUUUAAAUGACAUCAAUAAAUUAUUUUAAUAGAUUAUAAAAGAUUUAGAUAAAAAGUUUGAAGAUCUUUGUUAUUAAUUAAAAUAAUUAAAAAAACAUCUUUCAAUUGCAUUUGAAUGGAAGUUAGAUAAGUUAAAAUGUUUAAAGGGAAAUAAUAUCAAAAUUGCUUUGAACAAUUUGAUUAGGAUUAAAGAAUAUUAAAAUAGGUUAAAUAUGAUAUUAAAUGAAAAUGUUUAACUAUUAUCUCAAACACUCAAAGAAUGUAUUGUAGACUUAUAACUAAAAGAUGUAAUUCAUUAAAUUAUAAAGUAGAUGAAUGUUUUCUAAUUUUAUCAGUUGUAGGAUUGUAAUAUUAAUGAAAAGGAAAUAUGUAAUGCGAUAAAUGUAAAUUACGAUUUCUCAGUAAUUAUUUGUGCAUUUAAAAGCUUCAUCAAAAUUUAUGAAUUUAAACCGUAAUCUUUUUAAGAAAUAUAAAAAAUAAAUAUGGAUGAUGAUGUUGAAUAGUUAACUUUCAUUAAUCAAACAAAUAAAUUUAUCGUUUUCAGUUAUGAUAGAGAAGGUUAAAUUUUUUCAAAAGUUUAAGAUUGUUGGAANCAUAAGGUCAAAAAUUAGAGAAUAAUUAACUGA